UUGCAAAAGUGUUCUAAGUCCGCUAGUGCGAAUAUGAUUCGUGCGUUAAUGACGUACAGAUAAUUUUGUUGCACAGUUGUACAUGAGGAUAGUCUUCGAGCGUCUCAGGAAAGUGAAGGUUGCGAGAUUCGACCAGUGAUUCUACAGAAUUCACAAUUUUUCAAUCAUUCAGUUAAAAGAUCCCCGUUCUCCUACAAAGUCUUUUUAAAAACUUCACUGAUAGUGAAGCUUUAUCAGUGUUUAUCAGCGCAGUCUUUUGAAUAUAUGGAGUGUCAUUGAAAUGCACGCGCGUGUGUGGUAACGAAAUUUCGGUUUCAAUACGAACGAGUUUCUCUCGUAAUACUGUUCACUGAUACGCGAUGGCUGCGAGAGAGCUACCAGUGACAGAGUUGCGACAGACACGCAAGUGGGUACCAUGUGUGGGCGACUUUGCGAUCUUGAAGAAAUACUAUGCCGAGAAGAAACGACCGUUCUGGCUGGUGCUGCAAUUAUUCGACGCUUUGCUUCGGGGAUUUGGGCAAGUCGUAUUCGCGAAUAAUCCUCUCAGCGGGCUGCUGAUAGCGGUUACCUUGGCUGCGGUAGCGCCAGGUGCAUUGGCGUUGUCUGCAGCCACCGGCGUCCUUGGCCUCCUACUGUCCGUGCUGGUACGAGAUUCUCAGGACAAUGUGGAGAACGGGUUAACCGUGUACAAUCCGUUGCUAGUCGGCGUUGUAUCGUACGCUCUGGUGCCGCAGAUUUAUGGAGCUUUCGAUGCCUUCAGCUUCCUGCACUUACUCUUGGGAACGAUAUUCAGUGUUUAUCUCGCGCGGUCCCUGGGAAGCGAUAAAUUCCCGUGCACAACGUGGCCGUUUAACCUGGUGGAGUUCGCGUUGAUUUUCGCCCUUUCGACGCGGAAUGGCACGGCCGUGGUAACCGAUUCCGUGGAACCGAUGUUUGAGAUGCACAAUGCAACAAGUGAGACGAUGACGACGACGACGACGACGACAGUGGACGGCGCCGGUUUCUACGUACAGAAUGCGACCACCAACGUUGACUGGGGAAUGUUGGUACGAGGUAUCAUUGUUGCUCCGUCGCAGGUGUUCGCCAUUGAUAAUACAAUGUUUGGAUCCGUCGUGUAUCUGGCGAUACUAUUAUUUUCGCCAACAAUGGCCGCGUUUUCGUUUCUUGGUGCUCUUGUCGGGUGUUUUGCAGGCUUGGAGCUCGGAGCAGAGUACGGCGAAAUCUACAACGGAUACUGGGGUUACAACAGCCUGCUGACUGGGGCCGCCUUGGGAGGGAAUCUAUUAGUGCUGAAUAGCCAGACGACCGUUGCCACCGUCGUCGCGAUCGUUUAUACCACUCUCGUGCAAUAUUCCAUACAGUUCGUAUUUACGAAAGUGGGCCUACCAAUAUUGACGCUACCGUUCGUCAUAGUCGUCUCAUUGUUCUUAAAGCUGAGAAGCGACGAGGACGAUGCAACGUUUCCACAGCCCAUGUUGGUCUCCUUCCCUGAAAAACAGCGCCACGAGUAUCUCGCGAGUCGCACAGCACUCGUUCAAGCAGUACGUCCUCUCUUUCGGAGAGAGAAAAGGGAGAUAGAGAGAGUGUCAUGACAUCUCACAUUCGCGACGAUAGAGAUCGCCAAGAGCAACGACGCGCAGCGCAUCACCGUGGUUUACGUCGAAUUCUAUUUCGCGAGAUGCACCAAUGUGAUUUGCCGUUGAAACUUCUUUCGCGAUAAGAUGCCCCUCGGAAUCCAUCAAAACCACGCCCUACAAGAAGAACAGAAAUUGAUUUCUGCCCUACUCUCAGCUUCUGCGUAGGCCGAAUUGUUUUCACGGCAAGCAGCGCGCCUACCGGACGGAUUAAAUUUUUCAACCACGUCAACGUGAUUACUGUGUCUGCUCAUUUCGCAAAGUCAAAUUUCAAUAAUCUGAUGAAGAAUUAAUCUGUUAUUGAAAAUCAGCAUAUAAAAAUAUCGUUAAUAUUUUUGUUUCCUUAUAAAUGACGUAGAUUUUCAUUCACUGAGACAAAAAAAUGGUUGAUCUAACUAAAAUUGUAAUUAUUUUUUAUCCCAAUCAUAUUUUUUGGUUGUUCAAACAACACAAAAGUGGUGAUAGUAACAUGCACAUAAGAUUAUCAUUAACAUUAUAAAUAAUGGUCGAAUAAAAAAAAAUAGUUUUCUGGACCAUAAUUUAUAGUUAUUAUUUCUUUAUAUAAUUAUAUAGUUACAAGUACCAAACAUUUUUUUCUCAGUGCUGAAUUGGAGUAAUAAUUAGAGAAUAGAAUUUAAUUGUAUUACUUUGAAAUUGUAUAUAUACUACUUAAGUAAUUUGUAUUUUUUGUUAUAGGUGGAUAUUCCGGGAGAAUUUGACCUCGCGAAUCAGAAUUGAGGGAGACUACAAAUAAUGUAAAUAAUUAAAGUCUCGGCUAUAGUCGGUAAAUAAUUAAAGACUUGGUUUUAAUACACAGCGAUAUCAUUUCAUAAUAAACGGCGAUCUUAUACGUUUCAUCACUAUACCCUGAAAACAUUCUGCAGGGAAUACCGUAUGUGCUGAAAUUAAUUCGCUGGAAGGAUUCCACUUUAAAGAAAAGGACUUCGUUGUUCAGGCUGCGCACGUGUGUUCUCUCUCUUCUCUCCCUUGCUUCCUCUCCCUCUCUCUCUCUCUCUCUCUCUCUUCCUCCCUCUCUGUUUGAUAUGCAUCGGCGCCCCUGGAACGUCUCUGAUUCCAGCGGGAUUCUCCGCCACGUUUUCAGAUAACAGCGUACGUGCUAAUCUCCUUAUCUCGCGUGAGCGAUCCGAGGUCACGCCGGGAAGGGUGAGCGAUAAAGGCCUUGUGGGUGGACGAAGGCGCUUUUUCGGUUGGGACGUCGAGCCACAAGAAGCUACAGGUCGAUCGAUGGAAUUUAUUUCGGCGGUUCCGCUGUCGCGACACAUAAAUUUGACCGCUAGAUUUUUACGCCCACACAUGCUGCGCCGCGAAAUUGCACCGGGAAGCCAUAUGCGGCUGUGGCAGCAGUUGCUUAUCGCGGCCAGUUUCGCGUGGCUGGCGCGCGUUCUCCCUAAAUGCCGAGCGAAUGAAAUUUCGCAAACGAAGAGAAGGCCCGAUGGUCGGGACUGGAGGCGCUUUUCAAAGCGUAUAUAGAACCUACGAAAGGGAUCGCCACGAGGAUGGUUUUAACAAAGACGAGGUCAGCCCGAGGGCCUUUCUCAAUGCUGGCCGACCUAAUCAAACUGGUGAAAGCACCCUACCGCGCGGGAACAACUGCCACAAUUCGUUCUCAUUCCCGCAGGAAGGAGUUAAUGAAGAAAAGUGGCGCGAGAGUUCUGCUGUGCCCCUCCGGCUGAGAUUACUACCGCCAAACGUCACUUUUUACGUUUGUCCCGUGCGAUAUGAUAAUCGGGAUUCUUUCGUUCGAUCCGCAACGUCUUGCAUUGGAAUACGCGUUGU